AUGCUAACCUCUAGGUUUGAAGAAAUCAGGAUGAAGGAUGAUGAAUCGUUUGAUGAGUUUUAUGCAAAAUUGAAUGACAUUGUAAACUCUAGUUUCAAUCUAGGUGAGAAAAUUCUCGAGUCAAAAAUUGUGAGAAAGAUUCUUAGGUCUUUGCCCGAAAAAUUUAGACCUAAGGUUAAAGCUAUUGAAGAGAGUGAGGAUCUGGACACGGUUAAGAUAGAAGAACUCAUAGGAUCCCUUCAAACCUAUGAACUCACCAUCUCACAACCUAAGAAAAACAAGUCCAUAGCACUGAACACAAUUGGAGAAGAAAAGUCUGAGUCAUUUGACAUAGAAACCCUUAGAGAUGUGGAAAUAGCUUACUUUGGAAGGAGGAAGGCAUUAGUUGUGUCAUUGACUGAUGAUGAUUCAAACGCAAGUGAUCAAAGGGAUUCCUCUAGUAGUGAAGAUGAAAAGGGUUAUAUGGCUUUUGUGUCUACAGUUAAGAGUGAGUCAGAUAAGGAAAGUGAGAAGGUUGAGGAGGAUGUAGAGAGUAAGAAGUCUAAUGACGAUACUGAGGAUGAGACGGAUAUACAUGAGGCUUAUCAACUUCUGUUUAAGGAGAGUCUCAAGAUCAAAAAGUGUGUCAAUGAGAAGCUAGAGGACAAGGUUAAGACACUAACUUGUGAGUUAGAGAAAUCUCGUACUCAAUUGCAGUCUUUUAUGAGUGGGACUAAGAAACUAGAUAACCUGUUAGGAAUGAACAAACCAACUGGGAAUAGGUAUGGUGAGAAUUCAAAUUGUUUUGUAGCUCAUGUUGCAUAUAAGGCUCAAAAUACAUAUAUGCGGUAUCUUGAUAGUGCUUGUCCUAGACAUAUGUGUGGAAAUAAGGCCUUAUUCUCUACCUUUGAUGAUUGCAACGGUGGUGUAGUUACCUUUGGAGACGGGGCUACGGCACCUAUCUGUGAGGGUCUUAAGUUCAAUUUGUUGAGCAUUAGUCAAAUUUGUGAUGCUGAUUAUGAAGUGAGUUUUGUUGAAAAAAGAUGUAUUAUUUAUGACUCUUCAAGUGGUGUUGUCCUUGAAGGUGUUAGAACAUCUGAUAACUGUUAUAGAGUUCUCCCAAACUCUAACUAUGUGUUCAGCAGUGCUAAAAUUGAUAUGACUGAACUUUGGCAUCAAAGACUUGGCCAUGUUAACUAUAAAAGCAUGUCAAAAUUGGUCAAAAAGAAAAUUGUUGAUGGUUGA